CACUCUGCGUCAAGAAACGGGCACGUGAAGGUCGUCAAGGCUCUAUUAGCAUCAGAGCCAGCUAUCGCAUUAAGGAUGGACAAGAAAGGCCAAACGGCGCUUCACAUGGCAGCCAAAGGAACAAACGUGGAGGUCGUAGAGGAGCUUAUCAAAGCGGAUAGAUCCUCUAUCAAUAUAGCAGACACAAAGGGAAACACUGCGCUGCACAUCGCAGCUAGAAAAGGCAGAUCACAUAUCGUCAAAUUGCUGCUAGACAACAACAUAACAGACACAAAAGCUGUUAACAGAACAGGCGAAACGGCGCUCGACACAGUGGAGAAGGUUGGGAAUCCAGAGGUGGCUCUCAUCUUGCAGAAGCACGGCGUCCCCAGCGCCAAGACCAUUAAGCCCUCAGGGGCUACUAACCCUGCUCGUGAGCUGAAACAGACGGUGAGCAAUAUCAAGCAUGAGGUUCAUAAUCAGCUUGAGCAUACGCGCCAGACCAGAAGACGCGUUCAAGGAAUCGCAAAAGUGCUCAACAAAAUGCACACGGAAGGUCUCAACAACGCGAUCAACUCAACCACUGUCGUCGCCGUGCUGAUAGCUACCGUGGCGUUCGCAGCUAUCUUCACUGUCCCGGGUCAGUACGUAGAAGACACAGGCAACCUUCCAGAUGGACAUUCAUUAGGAGAAGCCAACAUUGCAUCAACGACACCGUUCAUAAUAUUCUUCAUCUUUGACUCCAUCGCACUCUUCAUCUCCUUGGCAGUUGUGGUGGAUCAGACGUCGGUGGUGGUGAUAGAGAGCAAGGCCAAGAAACAGAUGAUGGCUGUGAUAAACAAACUCAUGUGGCUCGCAUGCGUUCUCAUGCGUUCUCAUCUCCGUUUUGAGGAGGAUCUCAAUUUGUCUAAAAUGGUUUUGAUGUUAAAGGUUUUGAUGUUAACAUAUAUUUUUGGUUGGUAAAGAUCAAUGCGGUUUCGGAAAUUAUUUUUCGAGCACAUAUGCAUAAGUGGUGUGAUUGAGAUCCUCCUCAAAACACGGCUCUUUAAAAGUUUGGAUGCAGAUCCAUGCAAACAUGUUAGAAAAUAUUAACCGUCCAAUUUUUAUAUAGAAUGUCUUUAGAAUACAACCCAAAGGAUAUGAUUAUUAGGUACAUGCAAAGUACCUAGAUAGUACCUACGAUUUCAAUAUUCUUGGUUAGAUACACUUACGAGCUUGACAAUCAAAGUAUCCUAAGGUACAUGCAAUGGACUUCACAUGCACAUAUGUCUCAUACAAAAAUGAAAAGCGACAUAUAAAACUCUAUGGCGUAAGACUAUAUAGAUAUGGCGUAAG